AUGGCUCUCUUAUCAGACGUGGGCCACCAGACCCUCCAUCAGUUGAGCCAGGCAUCCAUGACUUCCAUAGCCAAACAUCUUCCCACCCGAUACAAGACUGCCCCGACAAAAGCCCAAGAGCCAUUGAUACCGUCGCCCGAUACCUUCGGCCAGCUUGAGAGUCCUGCACCUCCUGCAACUCCUGCACCGGACCCCUCCCCGCUGCUGCCGACGGUAGCAGAAUGUGCUGUUCACCUGGAGCUCCUCGAGACAUUCUACGUCCUCCGCCAGCGCAUCCUCAAGUCAGAAACACUGGAUACAGUCUUCGAUCUGAAAGAGAACCCCCGGGAAGUGACAAGGAGGGAUGGCACCAAGCUCAGGUUGAAAGACACCACGCUCUGGACCCGUCGCGAACAGAAAUGGCACAAAUACCUCGAACUGGCUGUUGUGCGAUUCCUGGCUUGGUGGAAGAGCGCACCUUGCGCGACUGCUGCUACUCGGAAUAGUCACCCGACGUUUUUAGAGGAGAGACUACCCCCGCUGGACGUCAUCAUGGUCUGGCAUGCUGCGCUGCUGAAUCCAGCAACAUUCAAAUCCCGCUACCGGGACAGCAGGGGAUACAAAUUGCAUUUUCCGUGGCGGGCCAUCCAUCAAGCCAUCGACCACGGGCCAUGGACGUAUCAGCUCCGAGCUGAAGCCUCGCAGGCAUUCAAGAAGGUCACGGGCCUCGAAGCGGACCUAUUCGCGCAAUUGGAAAGCUGGGCCUCCCUACCAACUCCCGCGAGGACAGCCCUCACAACAUUCACCGUGGGCACUCACCACGACUCCACCCUGAAUGUCCUGACCCAGGGAUCCGCAGCCCAUCAUCUCUUGCAGUGCGUGCAAACCGCCGACAGCACGCUCGCUCUUGGGCUCAGAGAAGCCAUCAUCCGGCAAACCAGCUUCGUUGACAAGAUGAACGCGCACCUCUGGAUCCGCAGCCCAGCCCUGGGCGGCACCCUGCGGCGCGCACGUUCCCGCUACGACAACUUCCUUCAACUGAUCCGCCGCCACCCCACCACCAUGAUGGUGCCGACCCUCGACAUCGACCUGGUCUGGCACACGCACCAGUGCUCGGCGGCCGAGUACAGGACCGCGAUGCUGACGCUCGCCGGCAAGUUCGUCAAUCAUGAUGAUAGCAUCGUUAAGAGCACGCUGAGCGGGGGCUUUGCGCGCACUACAGCGCUGUUCCGCGUUCACUUCGCGGCUGAGUACCCCAUCUGCGGAUGCUGGGACUGCGAGGCAUUGCUCUCGGCGCUGGUAGGAGAAGGCAGGCAACGCGAAGGAGACGCAGGAGAAGACGACAACGACGACGCCCAACAACCAGCUUUGGACACGGUGGUCGAGAAGGUCGCCGCCGACGUAGCCUACCAUAGAGCAGUGGAGCUGGCAAGGCGCGCCAAGAAGCCAUUGCCGGUCCGGGAGAGGGCGUGA